CCUGGAGUUAGUGUUAAAUCAACAUACAAUACAUUUUUUAGUCAUCUACAAACAAAAAAUGCCGUAGCGAUCGAUGUCAUAAGCUAAGAUUAUUCAGUUUUUCAAUAUCACUCUUAAAGCAAUGGUAGCCUCAGUAACUGGCACUGCCCAGACACUUUUCGAUUUUACACGAACGGAUCAAGUAGGAAAUUGGAUUGAAUGUUCAGAUACUGUAAAAACAACUGGAAUGUCAAAAGCUGUUUUAGUUAUCCAAAAAACUCAACUUGUUCAACGAGCUAUCCUGUUCACUCUUUUUAAUCCACGACCAAAUAAAACUGGAUAUGCUGCUAUCAGAUGUGAUACGAAUUUCAAUUUAUCAGAUUACCACUACAUAACUAUUAAAUGUCGAGGUCAAGGAAUUAAUUUUAAAUAUAAAAUGGUAUUGAGGCACAAAGGUCUUGAUAAGAAUGCUGUAGUAUUUGGUCAAGUGUUUACGGCACCAGAAAAUGAAUUCAUUACAAUAAAAUUACCCAUAGCAGAUUUCAAACCUUAUUAUAGAGGACAAGAGCUACCAAUAGAACAGAAUCCUUUAGAUUUAACGUCGAUUACGAAUCUAGGAUUAAAAGUUGAUAUGAGUCCUUAUUUGCCAGAUAAUCAAGCUGGCGUUGCCGCUCUGGAAAUUGACUGGAUCAAAGCAACAAAAUGACAAAUCAAAUUUAUAUUUUAUAUUUAUAAAAUAAAAAUCAAAACAAUAAAUAUAUUUCAAUAAAUAAA